GCGACUGUUUCGAUUUGGAUGGCGCGUAGUUCGCUGGCGAAUGUCCUGACCGACGGUUGUGUGGCGGACUGCAAAGGACCCUACGGAAUCGGGCUAAGGAUAUCAUUUUAAUACGGACAAAUCCAUGUGCAAAAUCGUAAUUUUUUCCAAAAAUAUCUUAGCAGUUCACAAUUUUUCUUGACUUUUUUUUAUGUGCUUUAAAUAAUAAACAAAAAUGCAUCCCUAAAAUAUAAACAAGCAAAGGGAGACAAAAUACUUAAGCAAGCUUAAAGUGAAGCCAAAAACCGUCUAAAAUAUUUCUUGUGCCCACGUUUUGCAAAGUGUUUUCCGGGCUUACCAUUUUUUUUUUAAGUUUAACACUGUCCAACGAUUUCGAGGAAUCAAAUCAGAUACGUUUCUCAUUUUGGAGCCUGGAAUCACGGUUUGCCAACUAAGAAAGUGAGGCGAUAUAACUCACGGAUAUGCAAAUACCAAGGUGGGCGUGGCCGAGGGCGUGCCGCAACAAGCAAAUGCGAAAAGCCAAACAAUAGAGACAGAGACAUCCAAUUAAAAAGGGCCCUACAGAAUCGAAUAAUAUACAUAUACUUAUAUAUAUCUCAGCAAGAAUGGCUGGCCAUCGGUCGCUGGCUCUUUUGUUGGCCAUGCUAAUUAGCAGCUGGCCAAAAGCCUCUCUGGCCGCCACUGGAAACGGCAGUAUCAUGAGCGUUAGCAACAGUAGUGGCAACAAUUAUGCAUUCACCUCGGAACUCUCGGAGCACUCGGAUCACUCGGACCACAAUGCCAACGACUCCAUGGAAUAUGAUGCGGAGAGCGUGGCCCUCGAACGGAUCGUAUCCACAAUAGUUCCGGUGUUUUUCGGCAUUAUCGGAUUCGCAGGACUCUUGGGCAAUGGCCUGGUUAUUCUGGUGGUUGUGGCCAACCAGCAGAUGCGCUCCACCACCAACCUGCUGAUUAUUAACCUGGCCGUCUCGGACAUUCUGUUCGUCAUCUUCUGCGUCCCGUUCACGGCCACCGAUUACGUGCUACCGGAGUGGCCGUUUGGCAAUGUGUGGUGCAAGUUUGUCCAGUACAUGAUUGUGGUUACAUGCCACUGCAGUGUUUACACCCUGGUGCUGAUGUCCUUUGAUCGCUUCCUGGCCGUCGUCCAUCCCGUGACUAGCAUGUCCCUGCGAACGGAGCGCAAUGCCACACUGGCCAUCAUGUGCGCCUGGAUAACGAUUGUGACGACUGCGAUUCCGGUGGCACUUUCGCACUCGGUGCGGAUUUAUCAGUACCACGGAAAUGCUGGCACCGCUUGCGUCUUUUCCACGGAGGAGGAUAUCUGGAGUCUCGUCGGUUUUCAGGUCUCAUUCUUUCUAUCGUCAUAUGUGGCACCCUUAACGCUGAUUUGCUUCCUGUACAUGGGUAUGCUGGCUCGACUUUGGAAAAGUGCUCCUGGCUGCAAGCCUUCCGCAGAGUCACGAAAGGGAAAACGACGGGUCACCCGAAUGGUUGUUGUUGUCGUAUUGGCAUUUGCCAUCUGUUGGCUGCCCAUUCAUGUCAUCCUUGUGCUGAAGGCACUGAAUCUUUAUGGCGGCAGCCACUUGUCGGUCAUAAUCCAGAUUAUAUCCCAUGUGGUGGCGUACACAAAUUCCUGCAUCAAUCCCAUACUAUAUGCCUUCCUAUCGGACAACUUUCGCAAGGCAUUCCGCAAGGUGGUUUGGUGUGGAAGUCCGCCUCCUCUGAUGACCAAUCAACAGGUGACCAAGACCACGCGAACUGCAACCGGCAACGGAACGUCCAAUAUUGAAAUGCUCUAAGCGGCUCUUGAAAACAAACUAAUUGAGAUCGUCACAUCAUUUUUGAAGGCGACUUAAAAACUCGAAACAGAAAAUGUGAAUUUAAAGCUAACAAUGAAUAGAACAACUUAUGUUGGAAUGAAAACGCGGCGCAUAUAAGUUAACUAUUAAUGUAUAUAUGGUAACCAAUAUAUGUCUAUAAGGAGAAUAUAAUUUUCCGAAUUAUAAAAUGUGA